CAGAGCAGCCUCCACUCUUGCCAAGCGGCACCUGACUUCAAGGGUCAGAACUUUUCCUGGGGACAGUGUAGACACUGUACCAGCCUCACCUGACCCUCACCAACCCUCCAGCUCUAAGUGUCAGCUGGCUUUCCUGGAGGCCACUGUACCAUUCACUCCAGCAGAGGAGAACAAACUUUGUCAGCCACCUCCGCGUCUGCUGGUCAACUCGGAGCAACAGACAACUGAACAGACACACAGACAGAAGGCCAAGGCAGCUGUGGGCCUGUCCUCAAAGUCUUACCUUUAGCAGACAUCAGCAGAGCGGACAGCUGAGGUGCUGAGGACUCCUCCAGAGGCAGCGAUAGACCCUCUGGCCACUACCGGUCACCUCUUGAGUUCAGGCAGCUGCUAGCUGCUGUUUAAGUGUGGCUCCUGCGGCUGAAACCCCUGUGCCUCAGGACAGGAGCCCCAAGAGAGCCACAGGCUCUUCCACCUACCGAGAAAACGGGUAACCUGAGUGAGAAGGCGCAGGUGGCAGGCAGGCAGGCACGGGGUCCUGAGGCCGACAGGCUGCUGACCCUGGAGCACACUGGCUCAGAGACCCGUGCCCUGGCUGGGGAAGAUGCUGUGGAGACCACCAGCAGCCACCCCGGCCCUGUCCUGCGGUUGCCUCCUGCCUGGCCCCUGGGCUGUGGAACUGAUGAUGUCCCAGCUUUUUGCUUGGUUUGCUUCCACAGAGAGGAGAAGGAACUGGAAGAGGUGCCACUGCAGAGGGAGAAGAUGAGCGUGGGCUGCCCAGAGCCUGAACCGCUCCACUCCCUGCCUUGCUGCGGGCCGGGGGCCGCCCCUGUACCAGGUGCAGGUGUGCCCCUCCUCACAGAAGACAUGCAAGCACUGACACUACGCACACUGACUGCCAGCGACGUUACCAAGCACUACGAGCUUGUCCGGGAGCUGGGUAAAGGGACCUACGGGAAGGUUGACCUGGUGGCUUACAAGGGCACAGGCACCAAAAUGGCGCUGAAAUUUGUGAAUAAGAGCAAGACAAAGCUGAAGAAUUUCCUGCGUGAAGUGAGCAUCACCAACAGCCUGUCAUCCAGCCCCUUCAUCAUCAAGGUCUUUGACGUGGUCUUCGAGACUGAGGAAUGCUAUGUCUUUGCCCAGGAGUACGCGCCUGCUGGAGACCUGUUUGACAUCAUCCCUCCCCAGGUGGGCCUCCCCGAGGACACGGUGAAGCGCUGUGUGCAGCAGCUGGGGCUGGCGCUGGACUUCAUGCACAGCAGACAGCUAGUGCACCGCGACAUCAAACCCGAGAACGUGCUGCUGUUUGACCGUGAGUGCCGCCGUGUGAAGCUGGCGGACUUCGGCAUGACACGGCGCGUGGGCUGCCGUGUGAAGCGUGUGAGCGGCACUAUACCCUACACAGCGCCCGAGGUGUGCCAGGCGGGCCGUGCCGAUGGCUUCGCGGUGGACACAGGCGUGGAUGUGUGGGCGUUCGGAGUGCUCAUCUUCUGUGUGCUCACCGGCAACUUCCCGUGGGAGGCUGCGUCGGGCGCCGAUGCCUUCUUCGAGGAGUUCGUGCGCUGGCAGCGGGGCCGCCUGCCGGGGCUGCCUUCGCAGUGGCGCCGCUUCACCGAGCCUGCACUGCGCAUGUUCCAGCGGCUGCUGGCUCUCGAGCCCGAGCGUCGCGGGCCGGCCAAGGAGGUCUUCCGCUUCCUCAAACACGAGCUCACAUCUGAGCUUAGGCGGCGGCCUUCGCACCGUGCACGCAAACCUCCUGGGGACCGCCUGCCCGGGCCCCUGCGCCUCGAGGCUCCUGCACCGCUCAAGCGUACCGUGCUCACCGAGAGUGGCAGCGGUUCACGGUCCUCGCCGCCCAGCGUGGUGGCCGUUCAGGUGCCUGUGCCCGUGCCUGAGGCUGGUCUGGCUCCCUCUGCUCCCUCGGGCAGGACCGAUGGCCGUGCAGACAAGAGCAAAGGGCAGGUGGUGCUGGCCACGGCCAUCGAGAUCUGCGUCUGAGCUGCUAGGAGCAGCACAGUCGCUGCGGGGAAGCCGCGUAUGCUCCAACCCGUACUGGGGACAGGGAGCAGCCACAGCGCGGUGGGAGGGAGUAGUGUAGACUAGGAGGCCCAGACACCCGGGUCGGUGGUGGGCUGGUGACAUAGUUAGCGGAUGACCAUGUGUGUGGCCAGCCUCAGCCCAGAGGAGCCGAGGCCCCUGACAAAGGCUGGGAGCUUGUGGGCCAGACUGAGCUCUGGAACCUGGACACUUCUGGCGCUUCACACCCCUUGGCAGAUCACCCUACAAUCUUCCAUCCAAACCUGGGCACAUAAAGGGGCCUUUGGUGUUGGGCAGAGAUGAGCACGAGACCCUUAGAAACUGGCUGGGAACAGGCACUGGGUUGACAACAGUGGUGCCCAGGAGGUCAGAGGGAGAGGCCAAGCCCCCUAAAGGUAGCAAAAGUUGUGUGCAGGAACAGACCCGAAUAUUAGAGAUGCCCCCUCACCUCUUCCUGCUGAUGGGUACUUAGAUCCCAGAAGGGAGAGCCAUUACCGCAGCCACGAGGCCAUUGGGAACAGAGUUCCAGUAGGUACCCCUCCUGAGGGUAUAGGGGAACAGAUGGCAGGAGAACGGGAGGCUUGGCACUCCUGUGUCUCUAGGGUAAGGGGGUGCAUUCACAGCCCAGCUGCUCCUUCCCUGGGCACUCAGCAAGCAGGGAAACAGUUGCUCUAGUUAUUCCUGGGGUUUGUCAAUCACAUGUGUGAGCCUCACUGUUCUAGGGUAGUACCCUUGCAGGGGAGGAGCGCAUCCGUGGAUGGGACAGGAAGUCGUUGAAGUCAGAGUGAGUGUGAUGUGUGUCUGGUGACUUUGAGGGUCCAGACACCUCACCAGGCAGCUGCCAAGAGCCAGGCCUGUGUUUUACCACACUCCUCAGGGAAUCCCAGGAGACACCUGCUGUUGGCUCAGGUUCUUCGGCAGCAAAACAGGAUUUCACCUUGCCCCUGCUCUCCUUUGGGACUCCUACUCAAUGUGGAGGCUUAAGGAACCCCUGUAAUAACCUCAGCACAGGGAGGCUGUGCCUUCCACCUGGCACCACCCAACUGGCCAGCCUGGGUUGCCUCUCUUAGGGUCCCUCCAAAAGUUCUGGGUCAUUCUAGGAGGUUCCAUAGUGGGGCUGGCUGGCUAGCUGCAAGGGGCACCAACCACUCCUCAGCCUGGAGCCCCCACCUCUCUACAUAACCCCUUGCUCCCACCACAAAGGGCUAUAGGUCUCCCUGCCCUGCCUGAGUCCAGUUUACAAACUGUGGUUGCUCCAGGGCCUGGUCCCACUUUCCUGGGGUGCCACCACUUCCCUAGUGGACACAGGGCCCACAUGCCAGGUAAGUAGCAAACCCCUCCUCCUGCCGAGAGCCGAAUCUCAGAAGGCCCCCAUCACUGCCCUGGCCCACUUGGGGCCACCAGGCCCUCCUUCCCAGCCGCUACUUCUCCUCUUGCCUUAGGCCUCUCCACCCUGAUCUGCAAUAACAAGGAAGCGAGAUUCCACAGUAGACAUCCCGCGUCCCAUGUGCACCCUCUCUCUGUUGAGAUCCUGUGUGGGAGGCCUCUCCCUUGUAGUAUCUGGUAGUCCUCAGAAGAGACUUUAGGUAUGUAGCCCAGCCCUAUCCUUCAGAGGCAGCAACCAGCCUGACCCUGAACCGGACUCAGGCUGGGUCAGGCUCCGCUCUUGCUGCCACCACUGGUACUGUCUCUGUCUAUUGGGUUGGGACCCUUUGCCCCUUAGGAAAGGUGUUGGUUACAGAUGUUUACCUCAGUUUGUCACUGUUGAAGAAACAAAAUAAUAAUAAUAAUAGCAAAAAAAUAACAUCGUAGACAUGGAGACUUAGAAGACAAAACCCACAGGAGAAACCUCCCCCUUUGCAGUUUUUCUGUGAAGGUAUAGUUUGUUCAUGUACGCACACGUAUGUGUGUGUCUCUGUCUCACCCCAGGGCAGGCCAGACCAUCCAUUGACACCUGUCCCAGCCUGUGUGUCCCUCACACUGCCCCUGUCCUUUGGUGCUUCCCAGGGGCCCCUUGAACUGGCUUGUGGGGUGUAGGGGAGCUUCCUGGAUAGGAAGUGGGGCCUUCAGUUAGCUAGAGGUCUCCCACCAGAUCCUGUGAGUAAAGGGCCCCAGGCUGUGUGAUGCUCCCUGAGCCCACAGCACAGUGCUGGUGGUUGGCAACUGUCCAAGUCUGGGGCAGGGCCUGGGUUGAACCCAAGCCCUUGAGCCUCACGCUCCUGUCUUGCCUCCCCUACCCCAUGUCUUUGUAAAUACUCUGGCAUCCUUUGGCCCUGGGGAGGUUUUUAAAUGUGUUAUUUACAUCUCUAACUAUGACAAUUGCUAUAAAAUAAAAAUUUAGAAAGAUGAUUGUUUCAGCUGCAGGGUGGGAGGGGUAUGCAGGUCUUCCUGCCGCGGCUUUCUGGCAGGCUCCGAGGUAGCGUCUGCAGUGGCCAGGCCAUGAAGGGGGAGCAUGCACAUGGACUUUCUGGGGGAGGGGCAGAGAAUGGUCCUGGCCUGGACUUCAACUUCAGCUUAGACUCCUUCACCCUGGGCCAAAAUGAAAGUUCAUGGCCACCACUCUUGACAGUAUUUAGCGAGCACAUUCGGUGUGCAUGUCAGUGGUACAAAAGUGAGUUGUACAAACAGCACAACACUCAGCAGUGACUGUUUAAUGAUGGAAGCUUGUCACUUACAGAAGGCCAGGGCUUGGAGGUCACCAGGUUUGGAGAUGGCAGGGAAAGCUCUGGAAAGACAAGCCAGAGAAUUCUAAGUUAACUGGGUGAGGGCAGAGUGGGGCAAUAGUGGUCUCAGAGCCAAGUAAACGUUGUGAUGCUUCAGAGGGGGGCUGUAGGGAAGUAUGCGGUGAAUAUUAAUUACCUACUAAGUCAGCAGAGCAUUGUGCCUGCCCCUCCACGCCCAAUCCUAUCAAGAAUUGAGCACCUAACAUACCCUCCACACCCACCUUCCAUGCAGCACCCCUCCCUUUCAACAGCCCUGCUGGUCUCCAGCAACUCUGGAGUACCCUUGGGUUCUAGCACCUGGAAGCUUUCUUUCCUACUAAAAGAUCCAUUGCUUUGUUAAGUCCUAAGUAGCACCCCGGGUCAAAGCUGAGGUCCCUGGAGUGGGCUUCCAGCCUCCUCCCCCUAACUCUACUGGUACUACUUGCUGUCGGUGUCCUCUUCCAUGGACACCCAGCAUGCUCACACCCUAGGACUUUUAACUUCCCUCUGAUCUCCCAGACCUUCCCAGGCCCUUCUUCAGACCCUUGCUGGGACGCGAAGAAAAGUCUCCAUCAAGCAGAAGGACAGUGCUUCCUUGCAACCAGCACAGUGCUUAUCAUUCCUGUCUCUUGGCUAGACUGUAAAUUCCAUAGAGUGGAGACAGGAGAGAGCAAGCUGCUACUUCUGUCUCUUCCGUGUCCGACAGGGCACAUUAAGAAAACCACGUCACAAUUUGUCAAAUUCAUGAACAAACAUCCAAGACUAUUUUAGGGGCUGAGGGUCGCAAAUAAGCAAGACAACAAUACCUAGCUCAUCCUUAGAAAUUCAAUUUCUAAAACAAAAUAUUUGACAGGUUACGUAAUUGUUUAUGAACUGGGAGAGGGGAGAGAAAAAAGAAAACCCCACUCUGAGCAGAUCAGAAGUGAGAACUCUUACCCGUGAUUAAAUAAAACAGUUAUUUCAGAGAGCCUGUCCCUUCUCUGAAAUGAUGGAGGGCGGAGGAAAGUCUGCAAAUGCAAACAGCAGGCUGACACAGCUCGGUUUACCAUCUCCCGGGUCGUCGGAGGAGAAUGUCAAUAUUUACCACCAGGGGGCGUGAACCUCCUCCUGCUGUGAAAUCUGACACUCUUGCAGCCUCUGUAGAUAAAACCAUUGUCUGCCAUGGAUGCCAAUGUUUAGUCAUAAAGAAUCCAGCGUCACUACUGCUACCAGAGGAUCCGGCUGUCCCCACACAGCCCCUGAGAUGUUCACUUUGGGGUCUUAGUGUCCCUCCCUGUCCAGAUUCUUCACUCUAACUCGGAAUCCAAAGUUCUGAUUGGGCCAAUGAGAUGACCCACAUGGUGAGAGUACCUUACCACCAUGAGUUGGGUCCCCAGGACACACAUGGUAGAGGAGAAAACUGGGUUCUGUAAGCUCUCUUUUGUUUGUUUGGUUUGGUUUGGGUUUUUUGUUUAGAUUUUGGUUUGGUUUUUGGUUUUUCAAGCAGGGUUUCUCUGUGUGUCCUCAGCUGUCCUGGAAGUGACUCUGUAAAUCAGGCUGGCCUUGAACUCACAGAGAUCCACCUGCCUCUGCCUCCCGAGUGCUGGUCUUAAAGGUGUGCGCCAUACCACAUGUGAGUUGUCUUUUGAUCUCCAUAUUACCCUGUAGUCUACGUGUGUCCCCACUCCGAUAAAUAAAUAUAGUUUAGUUUUUUUUUUUAAGUUCCAGUUGACAUUGAACUUCAGAAGUAAGUUCCUUUUCUGCACAAAAUUCUUCCUGAGUCCUUUGUAAAGUUUCCCAACUCCUUGCCUGUCCCUGAUAGCAACACAAAGGAUUCAGAGGGAGCACUUUCAGAAGCAAGCUUGAAGGUCCUGUAUGCCAUCUAGUGGUGGUUCCUGGCAUUCUGACACAGGAAGAAGCCAAACAGGCCGACAAGCAACAAACACCCUACCCCAGUGGUCCUCAACUUUCCUAAUGCUGCGACCCUUUAAUACGCUUCCUCGUGUGGUGGUGACCCCCAACCAUGAAAUUAUUUUUGCUGCUACUUCAUAAAUGCAAUUUUUCUACUGUUAUUAAUCAUAAUUUACAUAUCAGUGUUUUCCAAUGGCUGUAGGUGACCUUGUGAAAAGGUCAUUCAACCCCCAAAGGGGUGGAGACCAACAGGUUGAGAGACACUGUCCUGUCCUAAAGCCAAGAAGAGUGAAAUAACAUCAGAAAUCACACAGGCCUAGAGAGAUGGCAGCGGGCAAGAGAGCAUCCUGCUCUUCCAGAGCGUGCGUGCGUGUGUGUCUGUGUGUCUGCGCACGCACGUGCAUGCACACACACAUGAAAACAGGUCUCUUUUAAAAAGUGUGGAGAAGCAGAAGGGUAACCAAGUGGAAGGAAGCAGGCACACACUAGCAAGCUGUGUGGACAGCCUUGCAGGGAAGGAAAAGAGAAAUCUCACCAGGAAGGUAAAGCAGGCCCAUAGUAGGAGCAGGGCAGUGGAGUCCAGCAGUCCCACUCCACUCCGGCCUAUAGGACAGAGAAGAAUUUCAGGAGAGUCAGAGUGACGUGAGGUUAGCACGUAAGGAGAGAUGAGGGAUAGUACACACUUCAGGUGGGAACCAGAGAGAGAGAGAGAGCUGCCGUUAGGCAUACGAUUCUUAUUUACUUACUUAUUUACUUAUGUACUCCUCCUCUUUCUCCAAGAUAAAAUUUUUACUGGCUAUCCUUAGCUGGUCAGGGACUCACUGUGAGGAAGAUGGCUCAGCAAAUCAAGGCACUUGUCCCCAAUCACGAUGAGCUGAGUCCAAUCCCCAGAACCCAUAGAGUGGAAGGGAGAACCAACUUCUACAAGCUGUGUUCUGACUUCUAUGCACAUGCCCGGUAUAUAGGUAAAUG